AUGUUCGUUUGCCUCCAAGGAAAUUUCUUCAUCCCAAAUGAUCGCCCCAUCAACUUGUACAAUAUGCAAGCAAGUAUGAUUCCAGCAGCCAAUGGACAACUUCGCUUCAUUACGGAUGAGGGAGGUCACACUCUCAACGUCAUAUUCAGUGGAGGUACCAGCGCUUUCUCAAUGACCUAUCAAAAUCGGUCUGCUGAGGCUCCCGUCGCUGCUGUUGCUCAUGCCGCUCCUGCUGCCGCUCCUGCUGUUGCUUCUGUUGCCCGUCCUCCGGCCCGUGAUCAAAAUGGUGGAAGACGCAGAGAACGCCGUGCCCGAGAAGAAGAAGAAACCGAGACCAAUCACCGCCCUCCACCCCGCCGUCAUCAGCGCCGUCGGGUCCAGCGCCCAGAGAGCUCUGAUUCCUCCGAAGCAGAAGAGAUAGCGCACUUCUCGCAGCUCACUGGGCGUCGCCGUCCUUGA